AUGGCUUUCAUUACCAAAAGAUUCAAAAGGUUUGCAAAGAAGAAACAAGGUGUAAGAAAGUUCUUUAGAAAAGACUUCAAUAAAGAUUUUCAAAAAGGGGAAAGUCACAAAAAAUCUGAAGUUACUUGCUAUGAAUGUAACAAGCUUGGACAUUACAAAUUGGAAUGUCCAGAGCUCAAAAAACAAUUCAAGAAGGAUAAAAAGAAGGCCAUGAUUGUAGCUUGGGGAGAAGACAGUGACGACAGCGACUUGGAGAUGGAUCUUUGCAAAAAUAAAGUCGCAAAUUUAUGCUUGAUGGAACUUGAAGAUGAGGUGUGUUUUAAGUCAAAAUCUAGCAACAACCAGUGGUACCUUGACAGUGCGUGCUCAAGGCACAUGACCGGAGAUAGAGCAAUGUUCUCAACCCUUAAAUCCAAAGAAGGAGGGCACGUGACCUUCGGAGACAAUAGUAAGCGAAAAAUCAUCGGCGAAGGUAGUAUUGGUAAAACUUCUUCACCCAUCAUUGAAAAUGUAUUGCUUGUUGAAGGAUUGAAACAUUACUUGCUUAAUAUUAGUCAAAUGUGUGAUAAAGGCAAUCAUGUCACUUUUGAAAAAUCCCACUGCACCAUUAACAAUUCUGCUGAAAACAAAGUGCUUUUUGUUGGUUAUAGGCAUGAAAAUUUUGAUGUAAAAUCUAAUGAAGCCGUGUUUCUUGGUUAUGCAAGUUUUAGUAAAGCUUAUCGUGUCUUUGAUAAAAGAACCUUACUUGUUGAAGAAUCUAUACACGUUGCUUUUGAUGAAUCUAGCUCCUUUACUUCCAAGAAUACCGCUAGUGAUGAUGUUGUAGAUUCUAAUCCAAGUAUUGAAGGCAUUUACUUAUCGAAAAAUGAUGAAUCUCUUGCUUCGGAACCCAAUAUUGAAGUCUCUAUAGAAGAUCUUUAA